AAACCUUGCAGAGGAGAAGAGCAGUGGCUUGAAGAAGAAGACGACGACGAUGACUACGAAACGUUUCUCCAAAAUCGCUAAGAAGAACUGAAACGCUAGCUCAGCACAAGGUAUGAGCCCUAAAGUUUCCGACUUGUUUUGUCCUCUGUGUUUGGGUUUUCACGAAAUGAACCGUCCGUACAUUUUCCGGCUCCGCUAGGUUUUAGCCCUAAAGUUUUUAUCUUUCUUUUCUGUUCAGUUUAGUCUAGGUCUUGACGCUUUAGGAUGUUAUGUAUUAGCUACCACCGCCGACGUCCUUACAGUUAGGGUUUUGGGCUGAGAGGGAAUUGAGCUGAAAUUUGAAAAAUUAGGGCACAGAGAAGAAUUUAGGGUUUUGAGGUGAGGAAGUGAAAGGAGUUUGAGGAGUAUGUUGAACAAGUGCAGUGAGGAUAUGGAAUUGGAAGAGAAGAGCAAGAAAGAGUGUGGUUUGGACCAGAACUCGAUUGAGCAAUGUGAGAAAGAGAUGGAGUUGAAAAGAGGGGAGCUUGAUUCAAAUCGGAAAUCGAUGGCUGAAUGUUCUGAUACAGUUGAAUUGAGAGAGGGAAAGAUGAGGGAAAUAUGUGGAGGUUUUAGUUUGCUUAAGAAGUCGAUGGAGGAGUGGUGCUGUAAGGUUGAAUUGAAAGAGAGGGGGAUUGAGGAGUGUGUUGCCAAGCUUGAAUUGAAGGAGAAACAAGUUGAAUCGAGAUUUGAGGAGCUUAAUAUGAUUGAUAAGAGGGUUAAUGAGUGCCUUGGUGAUGCUCAGUUGAAAGAAAAGCAGUUGGAUUCUGUUAUGAAAUUAAUACAAGAAGACAAACAGCAUUUGGAUUGGCUCCAAAAGUCGGUGGAAGAGCAUGAAAAACAGUUGGGUUUGGUAUCAAAUGGACUUCAAGGAAAGGCGAGGGAACUUGAAGUGCAACAACAACAAAUUGAUUCAGUCUACCAUGUGUUUCAGAGGAAAGAGAAUGAACUUGAACAGCAGGCCCAAGAGCUUGAUUUGAAACGCCAACAAUAUGAGUCACUUUUCCAUCUAUUUCAGAUGAAAGAGGGGCAGCUUGAAAAGCAAUCCAGAGAUCUUGAAUUGAAACACAAACAAAUUGAAUCCAUCCGCCAUCUGUUUCAGAUGAAAGAGUCGCAACUUGAAAAUCGAGCCAAGGAGCUUGGAUUCAAACAGCAACAAAAUGAUUCAAUCUCUCAACUACUUAAGAUGAAAGAAAGGGAACUUGAACAGCGGGAAAAAGAGCUUGAACCCAAACAACAGCAAAUUGUUUCAGUUUCGCAGACACUUCAGAUGAAAGAGAGGAAACUUGAACAACAGGCAAAAGAGCUUGACUUGAAGCAAAAACAAUUUGAUUCUCAGGUGAAGAUGGUCCAGUUGAUACAUGCACCUGCUGCUAACAAUGCCACUAUUCCUUCAUCUGCAACUGAUGAAUCCAGGUCCAGCAUCAAUAUGGAUGGUCGAGGCUUGCAGUUUUUUAUGUAUGAACAAUUGAAGAAAAUUGAUUCAAUGCGUGCCCAAAUGUCGGCUGCUUUUCAAGUGUCAUCAGACCCAGGAAAUUUGGUUUUGGACGCAAUGCAAGGAUUUUACCCUUCAAAUUCAAAUAUGGGAAAGAGGGAGACUGAUUUUGAUCUGAGCUUUAUUAGAAGAAGUUGUAUUCUUCUUUUACAGGAGUUAAAGAGGAUGUCACCACAACUUAAUCCUGGGGUAAGAGAAAAAGCAUUGAAGUUGGCAGCUCAUUGGAAGGCCAAGUUGACAGUGGCCACUGAUAAUUCAUUGGAGGUUUUGGGAUUUUUGCGGCUUGUAACUGCGUUUGAAUUAACUUCUGCUUAUGAUGCCAAUGAGCUUCAGAGUCUUCUUUCUGGUGUUACUCAGCCCAAACAAGCAGCUCAAUUAAGACAGGCUCUUGGUGUCAAAGAUAAGGAACCUUCAACCAACAGCAUUUCUCCCCUAGUCAAAGUGGUGGAACCAGCAUCUACCAAUGCAGCAGCCUUUCCUUCUUCAAAUAUUCAAUCAAAUGUCACUAAGGAUGCAGGGAAUGUGUCGGGGUUUGGAAAUAUGCCUUUAAGUGGGAAUCAUUCUAUACUGGCUGCUUCUGUUCCAUUGUCAUCAGACCCAGCUAAACUCGUGUUGGAUAGCAUCCAAAAGUCUCUUGCUGAAUACUUGCGAAAUGGAGAUUGUGAAGAAAGUAUCAUGUCAAGUAACAUUAGCCUAUUGGAGGAGCUAAUGAGAGUCUCACCAAAUGUUGGACCUAAUCUGAAAGCAGAAGCAACAAAUCUAUCAGUCCAGUGGAAAGCAAAGAUGACAGGAAAUACUGAGAAGUCAUUGGAGGGUGUAGGAUUUUUGCUAUUUUUAUCUACAUAUGGAUUACUUUCUACGUUAAAUACUGAUGAGAUUGUAAAGCAUCUUGGGUUGAUUUGUCACCAUAAACAGGCUCUAGAAUUAUGCCAGGCACGUGGUUUUGCAGAUAAGAUUGGUGAAUUUAUUCGGAUCCUUGUUGAAAAGAAGCAACUUAUUGAGGCUGUUAGAUUUAUUUUCGCGUUCAAGUUAACUGACAAGCUUUCCCCAGUCCAACUUUUAAAAGAAUAUUUGGAGGAUACAAAAAAGUGUUCUGAAGCAAUUUUCAUGUUGCAGAUAUCACAAGAUGAAAAGGAGAAGGUGGCAGAUGGUCUGUUAGGUGAUCUAAGAGCUGUGCAUCAAUACAUUAAGGAUUACAAUCUUGAGUCCAAAUACCCAUCUGCAGACAUUGAAAUGCAAAUAGUUAAGCUGGAAACAGUAAAGUCUUCCCCUGCCUCCAAUGUCGAACAGCAAGAGCAGAGAAAAAGGAAGAAACCUAGUGCUGGCACUUCGACCCUUGAGAUCCAACCACCACAACAGGCCUAAGAGAGAAUUCAUCUUCUCUUCUAUAUCUUACUAUAAAGCUGCCUGUCAUGGUAAUUUUGAAGGACCGGUGUAUAUCCUUAUUUUGAACGCCCCUUUCCCAGUGCAAAGUGCUGAUUAUACCUUACCAGCACAGCUGUUUUUGAGUUGCAUUGCUUGCAUUUUGGAGAAGUACAUGUAUUUUGACCAACUUUCUUGUAGAGAGGCCCUUGUCAUAGAAGGAGUAGUUGAAAUGUUCCGAGUAGAUGAAGCCCUUGGUACACAUGGUCACUGCUACUUUGGGUGGUUUUAGCUAUUAUAUGAUUCCAGCUGGUUGGAAAGUUUGUGUUGAUUAAACAUUUUGAUGAUUUCAAUGAUGCAGAAUCUAAUUGUCCA